AUGCAGGUGAAGAUGAUUGGAGCGGUCAUUGAUGAUUCUGUUCCGCCGUAUAUUGGGAUACCCCGAGGCACGGUCGAACCCGUCUUCAAGAUGGCAUGUCGCCUCCGAUUUGCGAAACCCGACGUUGAUAUGCUGUUAGGCCGUAUUGACACGCAGUUGGACCGUAUGAUCGUUUUGGCGCUCAUUGAAGCUGCUCUUCGACUGCUGCCGCCCGACAACACCCCCGAAGGCAGAGCAGAGGCAAAAAAGAAAAUGCAAAAGAAAAUGGAGCAAGCAAGACUCCACGAAACAGCUUUUAUCGACCAAUUGCGAUAUUUUGGCUAUCAGUUUUUGACAGAGAGAGAGCAGAAAGAAGUACAACUACAUCCAACACCUGAUAUCCGGUUUCUGAGACCUAUAUCUAUUCAGGGGCACCUGUGUCACUGGUUAGAAUACAAAAGCUACUUCGGUUUCAAAGCGAAUCCGUUCAUUGCUUCGAAAAACAAGAAGCAACUCACAAAAUAUACAUCUGAGCUAGGAUCCGGCGCCGUUGUGUACAAGUUAGGGUUUGAGAUUGACCACAUACUUGUGGCUGGACUUCGUUCGUUUCGCGAGGCAGAAGUCUUACAUUCUCUCGGCCGACAGUCUAGACUAAGUAAGUAG